UCCUACGUGCUGGUGCUGAUGAGCGUCUUCUGGCUGACCGAAUGUCUCCCCGUGGGGAUGACGGCACUGUUUCCGGUCUUCCUGUUUCCGGUGUUCGAAAUUGUUCCGUCAUCGGAAAUCGCAUCACAAUACGUCAACGACGCUAACAUGCUGUUUAUUGGGGGUCUGUUGAUGGCUGCUGCCGUCGAAUACUGGCAGAUACACAAGCGGAUUGCUCUGAAAAUGUUGAGAGGGGUGGGGGCAGAGCCCAAAUGGUUGAUGUUGGGCAUGAUGUUGGCCACCUGGUUCCUGUCCAUGUGGAUCUCCAACACCGCGGCCACGGCCAUGAUGAUUCCUGUAGUCGAGGCCAUCUUGAAGAGGUUGAAGGAAUCAGAGAUAGAGAACAAGAUUUUUAGCCCUAGCCUUGGUGACCUAACGACCUCGGCAACCGCUGUCAUGUCCGUUGAAGAGGGGUCACCAAAAACAUCAAUUGAGUCCUUAACAACAGUGACUGCAAGGAUAACAGAAGAGUACAAGGAGAGCGAGUUCCCGUCGGUUCUCCUAAAGGAGGAGACGGCGGCUGACGUGGGGCCCGAGGUGGAGGACGAAAACUACGUCAACUUCGGCAAGGCCAUCUCCCUCAGCAUCUGCUACUCGGCCACCUGCGGGGGCGUGGCCAACCUGACCGGGACGGAUCCGAACCUGGUACUCAAGUCCUUCACAGAUGCCAUCUAUUCAUCACGUAACCUGAACAACCCAGUGACCUUCUCUACGUGGUUCGCCUACGGUUUUCCCAUGUCAGUCGUUAUGAUGGUCAUUACAUGGGCGUGGCUACAGGUCACCUAUCUUAGCUACAGCGACAUUGGCAAUGAAAAAUACUACAAGAUGCGGAUGAAGAAAGUGAAAAAGAUCCUCGAUGAUGAAUACGAUGCUUUGGGAUCUAUGGUGUUUGGCCAAAUUUUGAUCAUUAUUUUAUUCGUUUCCCUGGUUCUACUCUGGAUGACACGUGAUAUGGGUGGAGAGAUGGGGUGGGGUCAUAUGUUUUACCCUCCCGUGAAAGAAGGUGCUGUGGCUAUUUUUGUCGCCGUGUUGCUGUUUGGUCUACCCGCCACACCUCCCUGGGGUAAAGCACCACAACGCACGGCAGCCGACCCGGACAAAAAUCUGGACAAAAAUAAUUCACAUAAGAGAGACAAGAAAAAAGGGAACCUGGUGAUUCGACCUUUACUCACCUGGUCCAUCGCCAACGAGAGGGUGCCGUGGCAGAUCUUUUUCCUGUUGGGUGGAGGCUACGCCUUGUCACGUGGUUGUGAGAGAUCCGGCCUCUCCCUCUGGGUAGGGCAGCAGCUCGAGACCCUGGGGGAGUUCAACCAGUGGGGGAUACUCAUCAUCAUCUGCUACGUCACGGCCGCGGCGACAGAAGUGACGUCAAACAACACAAUCGCUACUCUACUCCUCCCCAUUCUCGGCCAGCUGGCCCUGAACACCGGUGCCCACCCCCUCUACUACAUGCUUCCCUGUACGUUCGCCUGCUCGUUUGCUUUCAUGUUACCCGUGGCCACGCCCCCUAACGCCAUUGUGUUUGCAUAUGGACGAGUCAAAAUCACGGACAUGGCAAGGACAGGUCUGGCGCUCAACAUCCUGUCCGUUCCCUGCCUGGUCGCCAUGACGGGAACCAUCGGGAACAUCGUGUUCGACUUUGACGAAGUUCCUGAAGCCUUCUUGAACCGGACCCUGACUGAGGUUUUCUUUGAACACGAAUAAUUUUUUCGCUGUCUGUGUGGGACUUUCAGGAGCUCAGACUGUUGCUUAACUACUCAU